AUGAAACUCAACGUGGUCCAUUUGUGUAGCUCCAACAAUGACAAAAUCAUUGACGUAGCUCUCUUCAAAGCCACGUCUCAUACCUCACACGACCCACCUGCUACCAAAUAUGUCACUUUCCUCCAAUCCGUUGUUGACAAGAGUUACGGUCCUCAGGCCAUCGCUGCGACCGUUCAGAGACUACGUUUGACAGCGGACGUUUGCGUGGCUGCUAAAUGUCUCAUUCUUCUCCAUAAGAUGACUAAAUCAUCAGAAAAUGGACACAAUGGAGAAGGUAGUUCUCGUGGCAAUUAUACUCAUCGUGCUUUGAUUUAUGAUCAAGGAGGGAGUAAUCUUAAAUUGAAUGACCUUAAUGUAAAUUCAUCUCGUUUUACUAGAGAGUUGUCUCCAUGGGUUGAAUGGUACAAACAAUGUUUGGAUUGUAACUUUGUCAUUGCAGAGGAAUUAGGCAUUAUUCCGAGCAUAAAAGAGAUUUUAGAACAAAAGCGUAUAGAGAUUCGACGAGUCUCGUCUUACACAACCGAAUGCAUUUUCAAACAAAUAGAUCUUUUAGUGGAACUGUUGGAACAUAUAAGUCGCAAGCCAGAAACUCCGAAGUCGAAACCUAACAAAAUCGUUAUUGCGAUGAAAGAACUAAUAGCACAAGACUCCUUCUCAGCCAUGAGUUUGAUCACGAUUAGGUUCGAAGAACUGAACGUUAACGCGAGAGAAACUAAACCGCACGACCUGUUUCCUGUUUUGGUGAGGCUUGAAAAGUGUAAGGACGGUUUGAGCGAGUUUUCUUGGCGAUGCAAAAAUCUGGUCGAAGAUUUUUGGUCUUUGGUAUUGAAACUUAGACAAGGGUAA